UUUUUUGCUGGUUCAUUAAUUUAUUAUGCGGAGAUGAUAUAAAUACGGAGCCUGACUGCGAGGAGUCAGUCGCUUUAGACGGAGUUUCGAGUCAAACAACAAUGAAACCCUACGAAAAAAAGAUCUUAGAGGAACGGCUGAAAGAUUUUAUGGAGGAAGUUAUUCCGGUUGACCUUUUUCCGCAUUUGCCUUGUUUACAGCAGACAGAUAGAGAAGAAAUUGAGGCCAGACAGAACUUCAAGGGACCAACAACGGCGAAUCAAAUUCUUGUUGAUCGGUUAAAAAGACGAGACAAAGCUUUUCCGCAAUUCGUACGAGCCCUGAGAAACUGUGGAAACGAACAUACUGCUUUGUUGUUGGACCCCUUCUACCAUUAUCCAGUUAACGCAGGGGAUGAUGAAGUCGCUGUCACCGAUGGCUCAGGUGUUGGUUACAAAAAGAUUGGAACAGCAAUUGAUGUUUCCUUUAAAGGAAAUCUAUCAUUUGAAACCAGUGCAGACGACCAACAAACCGAAAGCGGUUUCGAUCUGGAGGAGUAUUUGGCCGAGGUUUUCAUGAAACAGUCGUCUGAAGAAAGCAAACGAAUGCGAAAGGACUUCCAAAAACAUCUUCCUCAAGGAGCUGUUUUUGUAAACACUGCUAAAGGUUCCAUCAUUGCAACUUUUCGCUUGUCAACUGUGGAGGCAGCCGAGAAAUUGUGGGAAAUGUACAGUGAAGAAACAUUUCAGGAGAAAUUAAAAGAAGUCCUGGUGGAAGACACUUUGAAAAGACACGAAAAGCUCCCGGACAAGCCGCUCGAACUAAAUAUCAGGUUUAGCGAAGAUCGGUUUAAACAAAUUCAAAAGAAACUCAAAGAGAUCGAGGAGGAGCAGGAAAGAGAUGAACAAAUGCGAAGCAGUUUGUGUAGCAAACAAGAGGGCAGUGCUGCUGAAGAUGAUGGAUCUCUGUUUGAAAUAGAGGACGAAAUCGUCAUUCCACCCGUGUUCUUGGGAAGCAAUGCCAACUCUUUUAACUUUGAACUGGAGCUCAGAGAAUAUCAGAAGGAAUUGGCAGCUCCAGCGUUAAAAGGCAAAAAUACCAUCAUCUGCGCCCCCACCAACAGUGGAAAGACUUAUGUGGCCCUAGAAAUAGCUAAAAAGCACCUUGAGUCAUUCUCAAUGGACACUGAAGCUGCAGACUGCAGUAAUAGAAAACAGCCGAAAGUGGUGUUCAUCGUGAGCACAGUGAACCUCGUCUCUCAACAAAAGGAGCGGUUCGAAGCGUACCUUGGAUACAAGUACCCCGUGGUUGAUAUUUCUGGUGCAAAAGCAACCGAGGUACCAUUGAAGUAUCUUCUAAAAAGCCACAGCAUCUUUGUCAUGACAGCGCAGAUACUUGUUAAUGCUCUGAACAGUAAAAAUAAGGAGGAACAGGUGAAUCUCGAGGAGAUAAGUCUUCUGCUAUUUGAUGAAUGUCACCAUGCACACAAGGAGCAUCCUUACAGCAGAAUCAUGGAGAGGUAUCUGGCCUUUAAAAAACAGCCCCGACACCAAGGCCCUUUGCCACAGGUUGUUGGUUUUACUGCCUCACUUGGUACAGGAAAAGCCAAGAGCGUGGAAAAGGCGGAAGAACACAUUCUUCUCGUUUCUGCCAACUUAGACGCUGAAGUAAUUUCAACGGUGCAAGAGAAUCAGUCAGAGCUUGAAAAGUAUGCAAACGUUCCGACAAGAGAAGUAUUCCAGGUUCCUACGACAGGAAAAGAUCCAUUUGAAAAGAUUGUUUCACAGAUCAUGACCAAAAUCGAAACCAAAGUGAAAGGAAUAAAAGGAAAGCUAUUGAAGUCUGUUCCACCGGAUGAAAAGGGAAGUCAGCAGUAUCGUCAGUGGGUGGAGGGGUUCUACAAAGACUCCGUUACUGAUGCAGACCGCAUCCUUAUAACGCUGGCAGAACAUCUCCGCGAGUACCAUAUUGCUCUGACCAUAAACAAAAGCACAACCAUGAAAAAUGCCAGGAAAUGCCUUAAAAAGUAUUUUGAUUCCUUAGACAGAGAAAAGUUCCUACCGGUUGAUGAAAAGUUGACAAAUCUCUAUCAAACUGCUAUGAAUAUGUUGGAUAAACACGUGAAAGAACAUGGUGAACCCACAAAUCCACUUUUGAUGAAACUAAAAGGUUUGCUCUUGCAACACUAUAAAGAUGUGAGGCCUCCGAGAAUGGAGAAAGAAGACAAAACCGGAGCUAACGGGCUGGAGAAUGGCAUAGAAAAUGAACGUAACGAUAAAGGUUCAGCUGCUGAAAGAUCAAAAGUGGGAGAUGAUGGCGAUAAAAAAGGAAAGAUGAGAAGGACGAGCUCCAACAGCCAAAAGGAUGUUGAGACAAGUGAUGGCAGUCAGAAAGAGAACAGAAACGAGGGCACAUCACUAGACGACAUAGCACAUGAUGGAGGAGAAAAUGGCGGAAACAGCUAUGAAGACUCUAAAGACAUUGGUACUGUUGGCGCUACUGAUGAUGGCAGCCAGAAAGAGAACAGAAACGAGGGGACAUCACUAGACGACGUAGCACAUGAUGGAGAAGAAAGUGUUGGAAACAGCUAUGAAGUCUCUAAAGACAUUGGUAAUGUUGGCGCUACUGAUGAUGAAUAUGAGGAGAAAGAGGAUGAAUCUGGAAUAGCUGAAGAAAACAACCACGAAAAACCCAGCCAAGAGGCUAAUAAAUCAGAAGAAAACUUUCAAGACGAAAAGUCAUCGAAUAAAAGCAGUGUUGAACAGAAAGAGUGGAAAGGUCCCAAAGGCAUCGUCUUUACAAGAACAAGAGAAUCCACGGUAGCCCUUGAUGACUGGAUUAAGGAAGACGAAGAACUGAAAGCUGUUCUAAGACCGAAAGCCCUUGUGGGCAGUGGAGAUGGAAACAUUGGCAUGACCCAGAAUGAACAAGAGCGAGUGAUCAGUCGAUUUCACAAAGGAGAAACGAAUCUUCUCCUGGCAACAAGUGUUGCUGAAGAAGGCUUGGACAUCAUGGAUUGUAAUUUUGUGAUCCGUUAUGAUAUGAUGGGCAACGAGAUUUCCACUGUGCAGUCACGUGGCCGUGUCAGGGCGGAAGUGGGUAUGUAUAGCGUGCUCGUGAGUGGAGAUUCUGGAGCAUUAAAACGGGAAUACACAAACCAGUUUCGUGAAUCUCUCAUGGUUGAAGCCCUUAGCAAGGUGCAAAAAAUGGAUCAAAAAAACUUUCAGAGAAAGGUGAAAGUUAUACAGGACAAGAACUUUCAAGAUCGCCAGUUGAAAAAGCGCGUAAUGGCGUUGCAAAAUUCAGAGCCUGUACCUGAUGAUGUCACCUUCCAUUGCCGAAAGUGUUUUGAAGAAGUUUGUCAAGCCCAUAACAUACGACGCGUUAAAGAGACGUACCACGUGAUCAUAUGUAGCGACGUCCGGGACUCCAAGGUGGUUAUGGAGGAGCAUCACAACCCUAAAGCCCUCGAUGGCGUAGAAAUAAACAGAAAAAUAUUUUGCAAAAAGUGCAGUGAAGACUGGGGUGUGACAGUUCUUAUCAAUGGCAUGGAGUGGAUGUGCAUCAAGAUUUCCAGCUUCGUUCUCCAGUUUCCAGAACCCAAGGCUCGGCGGUUGACGGUGAAAAAGUGGAAACUUCUCCCUUUCAGAAUAGAAGAGGCCACCUUUGAAGAGCUCAUGCAACAAGCUCAGCAACAAGAGGCAAAAGAUGACUUGGAUGAUGAAUUAAGCCUGUCGUUCGAUUGAUUAUAUUUUAUCAUGCGUUGUAUCGUUGAUUAUAAGAACCUGAAAUCUUAGUUACUUUUUACAAGCUUUAAGGCUGUCUUGUAUGUAAUGGUGGCAUAUAUAGGAAAGCCCUACUGGAGCUAUUGAACUAUAAUUAUAUAUAUGAUAGAAAUACGAAGCGGAACGCUAUCUGCAGUUUUCAUGAUUGAGUGUCACAAUAGAGCUCACUUUGAUCGAGUUUCGUUGAACCAUGACUGACGUAAUAACAAUGCAACGAUCAAUUAAUCAGAAAAAUGAUAAAUUUGACAGGAAACCAACGAGAAUUCAAGGUAAAAAUUAAAAAUAAAAAGCCUGUUGCCUAAAGUGCGAGAAAACUGCGCAAAUGAUCAAGUCGUGAUCGACUUUAGUUUCAUUUCUACUUAGUUGAGUGGAUGGACCGACUUUUCUGAACAAAGAGCGAAGUAAAGUAAAACCAAUGCAAUCCCAACUCACUAUCGACGCUCAGUUGAAAAUUGAUCUAUACACUUAUGGCUUAGUUGGAAGGUCAAAAAUAAUUUGUUUUUGGUAAUGCUCUCUGAUAAUCGAUUUCAUUUAAACAAGAAAAGUUCAAUUGUUGGGAAAAGUAUAUUUUUUGAGUUGUCUGCAGGCUUUUAACCUUCCUCUGGUAUCUUAGACAGGGAGAUUUUUUAUUUCUGUCCGCUGUGUUAGAUCAAAAAUUAUUUGGCUUAUUACUAAUGCUUCCUGCCACAGUAGCAGGUGACAGAGACUAAUUGAUACUUAUUGAUUUUCUAUUUGAUUUGAGAGCCGUGGGAUUGAUCAAGCUGAUUUUCUCUUAGCGAUACUUACCGAGCUUCUCUUAAAAACGCAGACGAUAAAAAAUUAUGUUCAUCCUAUUAGUAGCUCGAAGGUGAUUUAUACAACCGAGAUUUUGGGCACCCGGACCAACGUGACUUAUUUUCGCUAUAGAAACUUAGAAUUUUUGGUGCACGGUAUGGCGUUAUGUGCUAUACAGGUGCAUGAUUAAUCAAUGUAGUCUACAGCUUGUGGAAAAUAAAUGAUGCUGAAGGCAAAGGGCUUCAGGAGAUUAACUUUA